AUGGGUCGCUUACUAGGCUUAGAAUUAAAUAAUUUCAAGUCCUAUAGAGGAACGAUAAGUAUAGGUUUUGGAGAUUCAAAUUUUACCAGUAUCAUAGGUCCCAAUGGCUCUGGUAAAUCAAACCUUAUGGACGCCAUCUCUUUUGUGCUUGGCGUGAAAAGUGUACAUUUAAGAUCGCACCUACUCGCUGAUCUCAUCUAUCGAGGCAGCCUCUCCCACGAAGAGGACAGCGCGACUGGAGCCGAAGUGCAGGGUUCCUCGAAAGAUCCUGUUUCUGCGUAUGUUAAGGCUUUCUACACUCCGACCAAUCAAGCGGAGGAUUGCGUUGAACUUUGCCGAACUAUAUCUAAGGAGCACGAUAGUACAUACCAAAUCGAUGGGAAGAUAGUGAACUACAAGAAAUACAGUGAUUUCCUGGAAAGCCAAAACAUCCUCAUUAAGGCACGCAAUUUUCUUGUCUUCCAAGGUGACGUUGAGCAAGUGGCUUCACAAAAGCCUCAAGAACUUACCACACUGUUCGAACACGUCUCAGGCUCCAUUCAAUACAAGCAGGAGUAUGAUCAAUUGCGAGAAGACCUUGAAAGGGCAAGAUCUGCGACUUCUGAUGCAAUACAGUCCAGGAAGCGAGCUCAUGCCGGCCUUAAAAGCUUUAAAGAAGGUGCAAAUAGGGAUGAAGAGUACAGAAAAUACAUGGAAGAACGCACUGUGGCUCAGCAACGUUACAUUGUCUGGCAACUAUAUCAUCUGAAAGUUCAAAAGGAUGCAAUGACCGAAGACCUCGAGAAAUCAACGGCAGAGCUUCGUGACUUUGAAGCACGUUUGGCUACUGAAGAAGACUUAUUGAAAAAGAAGCAGAGCUCGUUUGCAAAAGCGCAGGCAAUUGUGGCCAAACAAAAAACGAAGCUCGUUGGAAGAAUAAACACCAGAGACUCGUUGAGCUCGUCAUUGCUACCUUUGAUGAGCUCGAAAUCAGGCGUAGAGAAACAAAUGGUUGCAGCAAAGGCCAAAAUCGACAUCUUGCAAAAAGAUGUGGAGAGGCAACGUACCCUUUUGGAGCAAUACACUCAUCAACUCAAUGUUGUGCGGAGGGCCAAAGAUAGUUUUACCAGUGAAAUUCAGGAUAUCGCCCGAACCCGUGGCAACUAUACACUAAGCUGCGAUGACCUUCAAAAAUACGAAGAGCUACGAGAAGAAUUUCUGAGCUCUGGCGGCUCCAAAAUCGAAGAUCAGCUCCUCCUCGAAAAAAACGAUAAGAAAGAACUUCUACGUGACAUUGAACUCUACAAUCAGAAACUUGAGGAAUCGAUAGUCAAGGUCAAUGAAGAUUUGGGCGUGCAACAAGAGAACUUAGAGGCUGAAGUAACUGUGCUAUCGAAGGAGCUAAACGAAAAAAAUGCCGAGGUUUCAAAGCUUGUCAAGAAAUUGAGGGAAUGUCAAUCGCGGGCCGAAUCGAACAGCAAUAGGGAAUAUGAGAUGAAUUACAGGCUGAAGGAAACACUUUCCAAGCUAGAUGAUAUGGAUGCCACACAAAGGGAAACGGCGAAGGAGAGGAAACUCAGAGAAAAUGUGGCCACGCUGCGAAGGCUAUUCCCUGGCGUCAAGGGCCUUGUACAUGACCUUUGUCGUCCAAAGAAGGAGAAAUAUGCAACAGCAGUAUCUACAGUCCUUGGGUAUAACUUUGACUCUGUUAUCGUCGACAACCUGUCAGUCGCGAGGCAGUGUAUAUCUUUUCUCAAAAAGCAGCGUUCGGGCAUAAUUUCGUUCAUUCCGCUCGAUACAAUCUCUGUCAGUAAGGUUUCUAUUGCGUCCGUACAAGCGCAAGGAUGCUCGCUUGCAAUCGAUGCUAUUGAAUACGAUCCCGAGUUAGAGAGGGCAUUUCAGUAUGUCUGCUCUGAUGCAAUGAUCUGUGAUUCACUCUCCAUCGCCAAAGAGAUGAAAUGGAAGCGUGCCAUUAGGUCCAAGUUGGUAAGUUUGGACGGUUCAAUCGUCCAUAAAGCUGGCUUAAUGACUGGUGGCACGUCAAUAAUUUCGGGGAACAGGUGGGAUAAAGAGGAAUACCAAAGUUUGAUUUCAUUAAAGGAUACUUUGCUGGACGAAAUUGCUGAACUAUCUAGAUCUGCCCGAUUGGAUCUUGAAACAAUUCGAAAUUUUGAAAAUGACCUUUCUGUGUUGAGCGCAGAGACCACAGAAUUAAAAACACAAGCUGCCCAUGCUCAAAGGAUGCUGAAAGAAAAGAAAGUCGAAAUAGACUACCAGAGAAAACUCGCGGAGCAAGAGUUCAAACCAAAAAUCGAAGAACUGCAAAAAAGGCUUUCAGAACAUGUAGAAUCCAUCACCAAGUUAGAGAAAGAGAAACUUUCAUUGCAAAACACAAUUUAUAGCGACUUUGCCGAAAAGGUCGGUUUCACUGCCAGUGAAUAUGAAGCCCAUUCAGGAGAAGUGUUGCGGAAACAGUCUGAAGAUUUGCGAAAGCUGCAGCUGCAAAUGGCGAGUAGCGAAAAGAAAGUAGAAUUCGAAGCAGAGAGAUUGAGAGUGACUCAAGAGCGUCAACAGAAAUCGCACGUAGAGAUAGAAAAGGCCAAAAUAAAAAUGGAAUCACUUCUAGGCGACUGCAACAGUAUUUCCGAAGAAAUAACGGCAGAAGAAGCACUUAUUGUUGAGGACGAAGGAAAGUUAGAAAAGACCAAGGUGGAGGCCAAUAAGCUAUCACUAGGGUUGAAUGCACUCGAGGAAACCAUUCAAGAAUUGACCGAUUCUCUCAAUGUAUGCAAGAGCAAGCAAGCGGCUGUGUCAGAAGAUAUUGAGAAGCUGUCUCUGGAGAAAAUCAAUAUAUUGAAGAACUGCAAAAUGCUCAAUAUUAAUCUUCCGGAAGGAUCCUCGCCACUCGAUAUCAUAUCCCUUGAUAAGGUUGACGUGAACGCAGUGGAUACAGCAAACAGUUUUGAUGUUGAAUUUGGCAGCUUAAGCCGUAAAUUGCGCCAAAACGGUGAUGAAGAAAUCGGAGCCGAAUUCAAGAGGAGCAUCGAAGAGUUAAACGAGCUCCUGACGGUGCUGCAGCCCAAUUCCAAAGCCGCGGGGCGCUAUGAGGAUGCCAAGGUAAAGUACGACCAAAUUUAUGAAGAGACUGAGAAAUGUAAAAGGGCUGAAAAACAGAUCAACGAGCAAUUUGUUAAGGUGAGAAAUAACAGAAGAGAGGAUUUCCACCGUGCUUUCGACCACGUUAGCGGAGUGAUCGAGGAAAUUUACAGAGAGUUGACCAGAGAUCCGCAUUCUACAGCUGCCCUUGCCGGGGGAACCGCUAGCUUAACCUUGGAAGACGAGGAUGAGCCGUACAUGGCCGGUAUUCGAUACCACGCAACUCCCCCCACACAGAGAUUCAAAGACAUGGAGUAUUUAUCUGGCGGUGAGAAGACCAUAGCAGCACUAGCCCUUUUAUUUGCCAUCAAUUCGUAUCAACCCAGUCCCUUCUUUAUAUUGGACGAAGUCGACGCGGCGCUUGACAUCUCAAACGUGGAACGAAUUGCCACAUAUAUCCGCAAACAAGCCCAGACAGAUUUGCAGUUUAUCGUCAUUUCGCUUAUCAACACGAUGUUUGAGAAAUCUCAGGCACUCGUUGGCGUGUUUAGGCAGCAGAGCCAAAACACUUCGAGAGCUCUAACCUUAAAUUUGGAAAAUUUUGCUGAUUGA